GGAAAUACCUUUGAAACGAUAACCCAGCAGGGCACAGAUUGUUUAGUAGUACAAGGUUCUCCCUGGAGGGGUCUUCCAUUAAUCCAUAAGUUACUUGGUGUAAAAAAGAGAGAAUUGUUUCAUAUUUCACCUGACAGCUACACAAUGGCAGCAUCUGCAAAUAAGGGGAAUCCUAAAAAAGUUGGGUUUUUUGACUGGUUGAUUGAACAGAUCAACAGUGGAAGCUACACGGGUUUGGAGUGGACAGACAAGAAUCACACAGAGUUUUGUAUCCCUUGGAAACAUUAUUCAAAGAGGGAUCUUGUGGCAGAUGAUUAUAAGAUUUUCAGGGCAUGGGCUAUGUAUAGCAAAAAAUAUAAUAAAUCAACUCCUAGUAAAUGGAAACUCAACUUCCGCUGUGCCAUGAACAGUACAAAGAGAUUUGAAGAACUGGUGUCAGAUAAACCUGACUUUCACAAAUACAGAAUCAUCCCCCUGAAACCAAAAACUGAAUCAACAGCUAACCUCUCUUCGGGUACAAAUAAUGGGAGUGACCAUGAAGUUCAAGUAUUGCAUUUCAGUCCAUACAGUGAAGAAUGUCCACCUCUGCACCAAUCUGCACAGCUAUGCCAGUAUGUGCAGCAAAACCUUUCGUCUGGUUCACAGCUGGAAAUUGAUGCUGCUUUUCAAACUUUGACACUGGAAAAUGGAAUGCCAGGUUCUGCAGUGCCAAAUGAGAAUGCAGCAGGCAGUUUUUACCAGACCAGGGAUGAUAUGCUCCAGUGGAUUAUUCAGGAGUCCCAACUGAAUCUGACUGAAAAGUUGCAGGUCUCACAGGCCUCAACAGUAACUACAGAUUCCAGUAAUCCUAUAGGGAAUGCUGUUUUAUAUGAGCAAAGAAGUUCCUCUGAAGCCCCUCAGGUCAUCCAAAAUGACUGCUUACCUACAGGGAAUGGAGUAGUGGUUGAACCUGUGGCAAUUAACUAUUACCAAGAAGGACCCCAGUGGCUACCUGCAAACCCAACAAAUCAGAUUUCCCAGUCAACCGUUGCUUUUCCAGUGUCACAUGCUCAACAAAACGUUCCUGGUACUAAUCAAUUUAAUCAAUCGGUUUAUUGCAUACGUGUCAUUGCAAAAAUCUUGUUAAUGGUGGAUCUUAAUGUAUAUGUAGGUUCUGCAGUGCCAAAUGAGAAUGCAGCAGGCAGUUUUUACCAGACCAGGGAUGAUAUGCUCCAGUGGAUUAUUCAGGAGUCCGAACUGAAUCUGACUGAAAAGUUGCAGGUCUCACGGGCCCCAACAGUAACUACAGAUUCCAGUAAUCCUAUAGGGAAUGCUGUUUUAUAUGAGCAAAGAAGUUCCUCUGAAGCCCCUCAGGUCACCCAAAAUGACUGCUUACCUACAGGGAAUGGAGUAGUGGUUGAACCUGUGGCAAUUAACUAUUACCAAGAAGGACCCCAGUGGCUACCUGCAAACCCAACAAAUCAGAUUUCCCAGUCAACCGUUGCUUUUCCAGUGUCACAUGCUCAACAAAACGUCCCUGGUACUAAUCAAUUUAAUCAAUCGGAAGAAUCUGUCUGCAAUACUAGCUGUUUUGUCACUAACAUUUAUCUGAAUGAAGAGCCUCAAGACAAUGGAAUAGCAAACCAGGAAACUCCAAUGGAAGAGAGUGUAUUUGUAUCUUCAGCUACCUUCCCGACAGAUGAACCAGCCAUCAAUAACGUUCCUUCUCAGGACCCUCUAGAAACUGUCCCAAUUACCAUAGAGGUCUCUAUCUACUACCAUAAUAAGCUGCAGGACAAAGCAGAAGUAGACAACUGCAUGUUCACCUACAACCAGGAGAACUGCCACCUACCACACAAUGCACAAGUCAUAAAGUUUCCAAAUCCAGAAGUGCUGACGGAUCAGAAGCGAGUUCAACAUACCUUGAUUGCAUUAAACACUGCAAGUUUAUUAUUAUCUCAGAAAAACGGGAGGAUCUGGGCCAAGCGACUUGGCACCUGUCAGGUCUUCCAUGCAUUCUCCAAGGAGCUGGACAAUCCGUCUCAGGACCCUCCACAUAAAUUACUGCCAAGGAAUGUUGAAACUGAAAUCUUCAACUAUGAGCAGUUCAUUCAAGAACUGCAUGAGUUCCGUAAUGGUCAAAGACGCUCAUCUCCUGAUUAUACCAUUUAUCUGUGCUUUGGACAGCGGUUUACCGCUGCCAGACCCAAGGAGUCCAAACUGAUCUUGGUCAAGCUGGUUCCAAAUUAUUGUAAAUAUUGGCAUGAAUUCCUGCAGAGGGAAGGCUUCUCGUCUCUGAACAGCGAAACUGUGAGCCUCCAAAUCUCCAACAGCCUCUUUGAUAUGGUAGAACAGCUUUCUACUAUGCUCAUGCAGACUGACACGGCGUAUUGAGUGUUUUGUUUUAUAUGCCAGUUAGUAGGUUUUGCAAAGGAUGAGGCUCGCUCCCUCUCAUUUGUUUCAUAGGCAGAAGUACUAUAUUCUCUGGAUUGCAUCCCAGCCUUAUAUUAGGGCAGAUAAUCUCCUAAUUGGACUAUUAUUUAUUGAGAUAAUCACACCCUGGGGAUACAGAUACUCUGCCAUCUGAGAUGAAUUCUUUCCAAGAACUUAUUGGAAUGUACAUCUUGCUAUGUGGCUUUAUAAGAAGGAUUCUUCUCUGCCAGUAAUAAUUGGAUGUGGUACAAAGUUACGAAAUUCUUGCAAGAAUAUAUUUUUAUGUGAUAAGAAUUUCCAGAUACUGCAGGGGUGAAUUUAGAUUCUGGAAUACACUUUUAUCUCCUACUUUUUUGUAGGAAAAAACAUUAAAUGUAUAUAAUAACCUGAAACUCAACUGAUACUUCCUUUCUCUGUGUUUCUCCAAACAAGACUAUUCCCAAAUGCUGUAGGAGAGGCUUAAAAGCAAGGUUUUGUAUCUUCAGUCCUAAAAAUAAAGAAACAAACUUACAAAGGACUUCUGUUCCUAUGUAGGAAUUGAAUUUAUUGUCCACCCAGAUGCUGCAAUUUUUAAAUGUUUGAAAAAAAUAUUUAAAAACUUCAUUCAAGGCAAACAUCUUGAUUAAUAAAUUGUUUUAAGUGUAUCAAGUUCCUUAGAAGUAGAAACAUUAGAAGCUGUUCUCUCUUGUAAUUCCAAGGGAGCUAAU